AUGUCCUAUCAACACUCGCAAACUUACCUCGCCGGCCGCGAAGAUAUCUGCGUGGACAAAAUUGUUGUAGAUCUCGUUGGACGUAGUGGCGUAAGAAACGCGUCUGUACCGUUUGGGGUCGCUUCGGGUGGAGGAACGCAGAGAGUGGCUAACAUAUUCCUCCCUGCAGUAUCAAUGUUUUUGGCAGAUAUACGGUGUGCCGAGAGUGAUGACUCGGACAUAAGAGUGCAGAUCUCAGCAGGUGUGAAGAGCUUGGCACUUCCGAGGGCAGACGCUGCCAAACUGCAAAAUCAAACCCCAGGCGAGCGCCGUGCAAAGAAACUUCAGGGGAUUCCGGCAAGAUGGGGGUUAGACAGAGCUGACAAAAGAAACAAGCUCAAAAACUCACCUAUCGAGACGUUCGACGAUCCUCUUCAAAAGGCCAAAGUUUGCCUAAGGAAGCCCGUGCGCAACGCUCCGGAUACGCGCAAGCCGCGAGUUAAGAUUCUCGAGCUCUGCAAGAACGACGGCGAUGAAAAGAAGGACGAUACGGCUCACCCUGUGAGAGCAGCUCCUGCGUCCGUCGCUGAGUUUACAAGGCCGGCCAGGGAGUAUGCACCUGGAAGCCUUGUGGGUAGAUCUUCCGCACGGCUUCGGUGGAUGCAGCCCCUGGCUGUGAAAAAAGGCGCCUAUGAGGUAUUUCCGACGCGACAAUCCAACGCGAAGGUAGGGAAUGCAUCAUGGUCAGAAUAG